CUCUCUCAUCUGCAAAAUUCCGUUUUUCAUUUUCUCUCUCUUCUCGUCAAAAGUGAGAAAGCGACCGGAGUUCCGUACUUUGGAUUAGAUGUGUGUUUCGUCUCGCUGUUUCGUCAGUUUCCUACUACACACCAUUAGUCUUCCUCCCUCUCUCUCUCUCUGUCUGAAUACGACUUUUCCUCUGUCCCUCAUUUCUUCUCUCUCAUCCUCUCACAUUCUCUCUAUUAUCGAGGCUUCAUUGAUUCACGAGAGACAAUCUCAUUGAAUAUAGUUUUUACCUCUCUCGACCAGUUCAUUGCGUAAAAUCGGAAGUACUAAAUUUCUCUGCAUCUCUUGACUUUUCUUUCACCGGAGAGAGAGAGAGAGAGAUCCAAUCACCGGAGAAUGGGUGGCUUAUUGCAUCUCUUCGACUUCCACAACAACAGUUUCUCCCGGAGGGUUUUCUCUCAUCACAAAACCCGCGAUGAAGAUCUGGAAGCUCCUAGGAAUAGUUUUGAGCUUCAAGUUGACAAUCUUCAGACAUCAUACCAUAAGGACAAAGAUAAACCGAGUAAUGGAUUUGUUGAGGAAGAUGAAUGGUAUGAGAGAAGCUGUUACCCUAUUGAGGAAUCAAUGAAGAAGAAGAUCAUCGAAGAGCUCUCAAAACGUUCCAACGAUAAACACAACUCCCCAAGUCUUGUAGCUAAGCUGAUGGGAAUGGAAGCACUUCCUUUGGAGUCAACUAAAUCAACGGCUUGGAUCAAUCCACGCCAGACUACUAAACUAGAUCACUCUCAUGAGAAAGGAGGAGGGAAAAGAAACAAAAAGGAGAGGAGGUUAGCGUCAUCAGCAGCAGUAGUGAGUGUAAUGGAGACAGAGGAGAUUACUAUUCCACCAAUGCGUAGAGAACAUCCUCAAGAAGAAGAGCUUCAAAGAUUCAGAAGAGAGUUUGAAGCUUGGCAAGCUGAUAAAAGGUCUAAAGACUGCUCAAGAAUCAUGGAUUCUGGCUCCGUGGGGGCAGCAGCUCCACGGGACGAGAAAGAGAGGCUUUUCACAAGAACUAGAAGCUUCGGUCGAGAUUUCAGCUUGAAAUCAGACAGAACGUGUCCAACAAGGAUCGUGGUUUUAAGACCUGGUCUUCAGAGAGUUUAUGAUUACGAAGAUUCGUUAACGACUUCUUCAGGGACGACCAUGGAAGGAAGCAGAGGAAGCAGCAUAGAAGAGUUUCUCGAAGAAGUGAAAGAGAGGCUUAAAGGUGAGCUUCAAGGAAGAGCUGCUCUCAAGAGAAGCUCAUCGGUGAGAGGAAGCGGGAUCGAGACUCCUUUCAGCGAAAGACCUUUUCCGAGGUCUGAGUCGAUGAGAUCGUACGCCGCGAGCGAGGUUCAGUGCAAUGCACCAGACUCUCCUCAAGAGUUUAUUAGUAGAGACACAAGAAGACUCUUGGCAGAGAAAGUUAGUAACGUUUUGAGAAAAGAGAUGAGUAGUAGUAGCAGCCGUCUGCGUCCGACUGUAUCGGACGCAGAGGGCUUGCAUAAACAUAUCGAUGAAAUCGAAGAAGAGACUACUAGAAGAAACAGAAGUGUUUCUAAAAAGGAGCCUUCAUCACCAAGAAACCUCAAAAGAUCACUCUCUGCUCCUGUCUCGGGGACAUCGUUUGGUAAGCUUCUGUUGGAGGAUCGGCAUGUUUUGACUGGCGCGCAGAUCAUGAGGAAGCACGAGGCUGUAAUAACAGAGGGAGAAGAAACAGAAACAGAAACAGAACCAGUUGUUGUGGAUCCGAUCAGGAGGAAAGAAAGGUUCAACCUCAGGAAGAAAGUUUCCAGUUUCAGAUCAACUCUUAGAGGAAGAAUCUUUGGUAAGAAGAUACGUUCAAUGAUCGAAUCCAACAGCUUUGAAGAUGAAUCAAUCAAAGACUUUGUGACGGGUUCGAGGUUUAACAGCUUUUAUGACCGAAAUGAGAAUUCAACAGAAGUGCCUCCAAGUCCUGCUUCAGUCUGCAGCAGUACACCAGAAGAGUUUUGGCGAAAUGUUGAUUAUCUCAGCCAGGUUUCGACGCCCGAUGUGACUGUAUCUGAUGAGAACGGUAUGCCUCAAGUAUUCAGAGACAUCAGUUCCAAUCUAAGUGAACUAAGAAGGCAGAUAAAUGAGCUUGACUCAGAUAUACAAGUACCAACGCCUGUGGAAGAAGAAGCUGCUCGAGAGAUUGAGAUCACAGUUGAUUUAGGAAAUCCAGAUAAGACAUUUGUUAGAGAUCUUCUUGUGGCUUCUGGUUUGUAUGAAGGGACAACAGAUAGAUCAUUGUCUAGAUGGGAUCCAUUUGGGAAGCCUAUAAACAAGUCUGUUCUUGAAGAAACUAAAGAGAAUCUAAAGAAGAGAAACAAUCAGAAUCAAGAAGACGAAGAGGAUACUGAAGAUAAUCACAACAUACUGUUUGAUCUUCUGAACGAGGUGCUUACGGUGGUGCUUGGACCAGUGACAAAGUCAGGUUUCAAGAAGAAAUUUAUGAACUCGUGCGUUUCUGAAUCAACGGCUAUACGAGGUAAAUAUUUGCUGGAAUCAGUUUGGAGGAUCAUGUCGGAGUAUUUAUAUUCUCAGCCAGAGAAACCCUUUUGUUCAUUGGAUGGGAUCAUUGGUUGGGACUUGGAGAGGUGUCCAUGGACUGGUUUGAUUGGUGAAGAAGCUACUGUGUUGGGGAGAGAAGUUGAAGGUAUGAUCAUGGCUGACCUUGUUGAGGAAGUUGUUAAAGAUCUAAGAGCACAAAUGGUUUAAAGAUAAUUAAGAGUUGAGAUGCUGAAGCAGAACUGAUUGGUUUGGUUUGGUUAUGUGAAUGUUUUUUGAGUGUGUUUCUGUAAAUAGGGUUAUUUUGUUAAUUGUGUGUUUUUUCUUGAAGAGGGGAGUUUCCAUGGUACCUGUAUUUGUUUACUUGCAGUACAGGGAAGCUCUCUUCUCAUUGCUACAUAACUACUAUUCUACUAAUACUAAAAUGAGUUUAUAGA